AUGAGAUUGCAUCUUCGAGAAUUUACUUCAACCCUGGGAAGCAAUGUUAAUUACCCACCCGGUCCAGUAUCUCACCUUCGGGUGAAUAGAGUGGUAGGACAAUUUUAUGAUCUAUUAAAUAUCUUUGAUCUUAAUGGUCUACCAUCUACAAAUAACAUGUAUCUUUUCAAUGGUGAUUUUGUUGAUCGUGGAUCAUUUAGUUUAGAGGUGAUAUUGACAUUGUUUGCUUUCAAAUGGCUUUACCCAAAUUCAUUGCAUUUAACAAGAGGGAACCAUGAAACUGAUGAUAUGAAUAAAGUAUAUGGAUUUGAGGGAGAGGUGCAUGCCAAAUAUUCUAAAGAAAUGUUUGAACUUUUUGCAGAAACUUUUACCACCCUACCACUUGCAAAUGUUAUAAAGAACAAGAUAAUGGUGGUACACGGUGGAUUGUUUAGUCGUGAUGAUGUCACAUUAGAUGAAAUAAGAAAAGUUAACAGAUUUAACAGUCGACAAAUAAAUAGCGAAAGUUUGAUGUGUGAAAUUUUGUGGUCAGAUCCACAAAUAUUACCAGGAAGAAGUCCAAGUAAAAGAGGAUUAGGUGUACAAUUUGGACCAGAUGUUACUGAGAAUUUCUUGAAAAGAAAUAAUCUUGGUAAGCUAAGUCAUGAAGUUAAAGAAAAUGGUUAUGUUAUAGAACAUAAUGGUAAAUGCAUAACUGUUUUUUCAGCACCUAAUUACUGUGACACAAUGGGAAACAAAGGAGCAUUUAUUGUCAUCACACCAGACUUGGAGUUAAAUUACAAGACAUUCACUGCUGUGCCACAUCCAAAUGUUAAACCAAUGGCAUAUGCAAGACAAAGUCAUAAAGUUAAAGAAAAUGGUUAUGUUAUAGAACAUAAUGGUAAAUGCAUAACUGUUUUUUCAGCACCUAAUUACUGUGACACAAUGGGAAACAAAGGAGCAUUUAUUGUCAUCACACCAGACUUGGAGUUAAAUUACAAGACAUUCACUGCUGUGCCACAUCCAAAUGUUAAACCAAUGGCAUAUGCAAGACAGUUAGGAGGUUUACUUUCAUGA